UCAAAGUUUCAUAGAAGGAAGAAUCCUCGUUUGGGGUUCUCCUGCAUUUAUGUUCUUCGGCUAAAACAAAACAAAAAACAAUUUGAAAAAAAUGCAUCCCAUUAAAUAUGGUUCCCAUCAUCAUCUUCAGCAGCAGCAGCAAUUCAUGGCUGAUGAUGGCGAUUCUUCAUCUUGUUCAGUUUUCUUCAUUCCCAAGCCCCAGCAACAACAACAACAAUAUGUUUUCCCUUACCCUUUAAAUUCUCAGCAACAACACGAACACCAUGAGAAUCUUUCUCAGCAACAUCCGAGUCCAGUUACCCAUCAGCUUUUUCAGCAUUAUCAAGCUCAGUUUCAAGCAUUUCGACACCCAGAAUCUGUUCAUCAUCAUAGUCAUCCCUUUUCAGCUGUUAAUUUCAAGUUGGGUCUUAACGAAAACAGUGGGAAAAAGGAGGUUGUUUUGCCUUUGAAUCAUCAGCACAAUGAAGCUAGUUUUUUCCAUGGAAAUCAGCAACAUGAAGAUCCUCUUUUGGUUCCCAAUUGUUUGCAUCCCCAUGAAGAUUCUCCCCUGAAAGAACCCUUUUGGAAACCCUUGAACAGAUACGAAGGUAGGCAGUGUAGUGGAAAUAACAAGGUUUCUCAAUCCAAAAAUGAGAGGAGCAAGAAUUUGGAUCACAAAUAUAGACUCUUUGGUGAGCUUGAAGCAAUUUAUGGGCAUGGAGGAGAAGCUUCUCAAGCUGGUUCAGGGUCUGCUCUCACGGGGGAGAAUUCACCUGCAAAUGUUGCCAUCUCCAUGCCCUUAACUGAGUUCCAUGGCCAUAAUAUAGGUGCAAAUGAAGGGGUUGGUAAUGGAUUAGAGAGCACUUCCAUUGUGAAAGAAGCUUCCUUGAGGAAUAAGAUUCAAAAGAAGAUCAAUAGGAAGACAAAAAUGGAGGAAAUGAGUUCAAUGGUUGUGUUUUUCGGGAGCUUAGUGAAGCAAGUGACUGAUCAUCAAGAGUAUCUCCACAAAAGGUUCUUGGAAGAGGUUGAAAGAAUGGAUAAAGAGAGGUCAGUGAAAGAGGAAUCAUGGAGACAACAAGAGGUUGAAAGACGUAAUAGGGAAACCAUGGCAAGAGCACAUGAACAAGCUUUAGCUUCAAGUAGAGAGGCUCUCAUUGUAUCCUAUUUGGAGAAGAUUACAGGUGAAAGCAUCAAUCUUCCACAAAGGACUCCAUUGUUAGUACAACUUGAAAGCACGGUUGUUAAAGCUGAUAACAAUAGCAGGUGGCCUAUACCUGAAGUUGAGGCCUUGAUUCAAGUGAGAUGUAACUUGGAAUCAAAGUUUCGAGAAUCUGGAUUAAAGGGUGCUCUUUGGGAAGAAGUGAGCUCUUUAAUGUCUUCUUUUGGUUAUCAAAAAAGUGCCAAAAGGUGCAAAGAGAAAUGGGAGAACAUCAACAAGUAUUUCAGGAAGAGCAAAGAGAAUGGUAAGAAACGCUCUCAGCAAUCCAAAACCUGCGGUUAUUUUGAUCAAUUGGAUCAACUCUACUCAAGAAUACCCUGUAUUCCUCAGAGAGUUGACGUUAAUGGGAGCCUUAAAAGUAUCUGAAAUGAACUCCCCAAAGUUGGAUUUUGAUGGCACAGUAGGUGAUAAACAAGGAAGCAACGUAAAGGACAAUGAAAGCCGUGGGAAUUACUUGGAGAAUGAUGGUGAUGAGCAAGAAGACGAUGGUAAUGACAGUGAUGGGGAGAAUGAGAAUUGAAGGUCAACCUCCCAAAGGUCUUCUACA